AUGGACAAGGCCAACGGCUUGAAGGUCACAGGAUUCGUGAGAAAUAGUGACGACGGCUCGGUAUGGCCACACUUCAAUGUCUCCCCGCACCGAGCUGAUGCUAAGCUUGCUUCAGGUUGUCGGCGAGGCACAGGGACCGCAGGAUGCCCUCGACAAGUUCGUGCAGCACCUCAACACCGGUCCAAGCGCAGCCGAAGUCCACAAAGUGGACCAGAAGGAUGUCUCGACGAGGAACGACGAGACGAAGUUCAAUCAGUGAGUAGACGUGUCCGAAUUUAGCAGGCAAGCGAUUGACUGUGAAAGAGGAUAAGAAGGUGAAGGUGUCAAAGGCAGCGCCAGUAAUGUGCCUUCUGGAGCGGGAUGACGCCGUCUAGGGCUUGAGGCUCCCAUGUAUAGGGCACGUCGCCGGCGCCACCAACGUCGAGAGCCGAUGCUCAAUAGGGCUUGACCACAGCGAGGCCAGGGCUAUUGCACGCAUAUUCGCUCAAUGGAAAACUUCGAACCGGCGCACACCCGCAAAUUCCUCGUCAGCGUAUCAUCCGCAUUCGCGUUUCAGAGGUACCGGAGGCGCAUGACUUUGACAUCGGGAUCUCUCGGAUGAGCUGAAAGUCACGUGUGAGCGUCUCUUGGCCCCUUUCGUCGGCAGCACAGCGAGUUGCGACCUGCUGAGGUACUGUACAGUAAGGGCGGUCAUGUUUCGGGACUCUGCAUUGUCAUGCAGCUUCACGGAGAGUUUGCAGAAGAAUGACGUGAAGAGACAGGUUCAAGAUGCAUUACUAACGACGAAAUAGAAACGGCGACCUCAAGCAGCGGAUCAAGCGAAAGCCGAGAAUCCAACGGCCUCCGAUUGGACGGAUUCGGUUCGUGCCAUCGCUCAAAGCAGCCACAGGGCUGAGACUGGGACCUCCCGACAACACACCUUACCGUCUGACUCCUUCGUUCGCAUUUCAGCGUGGCGGUCUAUGA